AUGAAGCUUUCCAUUGUUAAUUUUCAAAGCAGCAGUCAGCAAGAUAGGAAACUAGUUAUGACUUUGCAAACAGAAGCUCAAUCCUACAAGUGUUAUGGUCAAUCGACAGCACAACCAAAUUAUUUCUAUUGGAAUCAAAAUGCUACAACUCCACAAAUUUCGAAUAAGAUUAAAAAGUCACGUAAAAUGUCUCCAACCACAACCAAUUGCUGUCAGACUAAUCUUUUACAGCAUCCUUCGAAUAACAAUCAGAUUGUUUAUGAACUUUCUCCAAUGACCAAUUCAUUAUUUAAUGUUUCCAAACGUAGACGAAAGCAAUCUUUACAUUCUCAUGAGAAAGUUUUCUCAGUCAAUGAUAAUACUUCCUGUAGCUCCUCAUCAAGUGGUUCCAUUCAAUCUAGAUCAGCAUCACCUAAAUUAAAAAAGCAAAACAAAAUGUCAAAUGCCAACAAUUCACCAAGACAAGAAUUCAUUCAAAGUUAUUCUAAUCCAACCCAAUUUAUUCCUCCAACUCAACAGGUAUCCACACCAAUGACUGUGAAUACAACCAUGACUUGCAUUCCUACCACCUGUCAACAAGAAUUUGUUUCACCAACAAGUUUCGUCCAAACAACGCCUAAAGUUUCUUCACCUAGAAUUGUGAGGUCUUCGAUAUCAAUUCGGGAAUUAUUAAAUUAA